AUGGCCUCCGUCGCAAGGUGCGAUCAUGCCAAAGCGCAGCGGCUAGGUCUACUUGACCUCCCACCAGAAGUACGCCACGAGAUCUACAGGCAGCUCUUCUGCCACAAGCCGUCGCCCAUCACCUUGGGCGUGCAAGAUUUCUUCACCCGGUGGGCCUCGUUUUCACCGGCCGACGAGCUACAGGAGCCUACCUUCUACACCGCGCUGUUUCGGGUGAACAAGGCCAUUUCGCGCGACGCGCUGCAGUACGCCUACUCGGCCAACUCGUUCCGGUUCGACAGGGACAUUGAGACCUUCUGCAACCUCGGGCCUGUCGCGCUCGCGUCGAUCAAGACUCUUCGCGUCUACAAGAACGCGUGGUUAAACAGCUCCUACGCCACGACCUUUUGGCAAACCAUCAACCAGUGCUGCUCGAGUCUCGAGCUUCUUGUCGUCGAGGCGGCGUCGCACGUCCUGCUGAGCGCAAUACCCUAUUUGAGGCACUUCAUGGCGUCGAUCCCUGCUCGUCAGGCAAAGCCGAGGCUGAUCUUGGAUCUUACCGUGCUGGACCGGCACUUCUCUUUUGACUUUCCAGACCGCGAAUAUCAAUCGGCUCGGCAAGAUCUGGAGGAGAACAUUAUGGGAAACAAAGCCUCCGCGGAUUAUGCGCCCACGCCACAGUAUACGUACGUGAUGCGACUGCCAAGGCACGUCAAGGAGAUUCGGUUUGUACUGGACAUGGGGCCGGGCGCGUUUCGGGCGUUGGCGGGGACGUUGAAGGAAGCCACCGACCUGUUCUUCGUGGAAUCCAAUGACAUUCCACCAGUCGCUGGAGACGGCAUUGAAGGUCGUGGGAUACGCCACUGCUUCGUCUGGCAGGAGACGGGUGCCCAGGUGAACAACAAGCGCUAG